AUGGCUCUAUUACCAGUCUCCUGCGCGGCAGAGUUUGAUUCGAAGUUUCUCGAUCGAUUCAUCGAACUAAAUCUCAAGCAGAAAGAAGGUCUAGACCUCGGUUUGAGUAUAGUCGUAAUCACCUCUCUUGACAAGAGAUACACAGAGGCCUCAACCAUUCCUAUGGAGCCAACUUCUUCUGCUGCACCUUUUCAAGGCAAGAACCCGAAAGAGUGCUUUGAAAUACUUCAAAAGUUGGUCAAGGAUACUAGAUCUGAAAUCAACGUCGAGAAUUUUGCAAUUUUGGAUGAGAGGUCUAAGGAAGAUGAUACUGUAUGGCUUGUGCAGGCUUUCAAGAACUCGCCAAGGAUCAAGAUUGUGUGUGGGGCUUUGAAAGACACGGAUAUGGCUCUUGAGAAUCUUUGGGUUGGAAAUAUGAAUAUUGAAGAGUUAAGCUACGAGAACCAGCCAUUCGUGAGAUAUCGGCGUAUAGUGAAAAUCACAGUUUAA